AUGUCGCUCAAAUACUUUACUCGCCGCGCUGCCAUCGACGCGACAACGACGAGCCCAUACCUCACAAACUUCAACCACCUCCUUCCCAUUCCCAAGGCAUGGCGGCACCGACGAUCCCUUCAAGACCCGAAGCUCAAGUCUGUUCGAACACGAGACCGCAUUCGAUGCUGGAAUAUCGUGCCAGGAGACCAAAUUCGUCUAAGAGGAGACAAGUCAAACACCCUUCAUGAAGUUCUCAGCAUAAACCGGCUCAGUAACAGGGUGUUCGUCAAGGGUGCUGUCAACACUUCCGACUCUGAUGUGACGAAGAACAAAAACUACCAUUACUCAAGGUGCCAGCUGUUCGUUGGUAACUACGAGUUUCCUUCCGAGUCUGGAAUUGGCAAGGAAGUCAAACCAGUCUUUGCGGAGCGUGUGUCUGCAACGCGGGCGCGCUGGAACUAUCUUCAAGGUCGAUUCGCCUGGACGCGGUUCGCAACGAAAACCACGCCACGAGUUCCUUGGGAAGAAAAGGACAUUGUCAUUCCCUGGCCCAAACCCGAGAAACCUACCCUCCCUGAUCCCACCAACUAUGACACCCCUCGGGAGGUGGUCGCCCAACUGACGUACCAAAUGCCCCGGUUCAGUCAAUCAAUGCUUGGUCCGGUCCCCCGCCCUCCGUCCGAACAGGACUUCCUCACCUCCUUGUACAACCCUGGCUACACUGUACAGUCUCUGGAAGGUGCUCCCUUGGAAGUUUAUCUGAACAAGGAGCUUUCCAACCCUCAUGCACGCGCCAAGAAGCAGAGAAGGUGGCAGCUUCGCAGGGCCAACGAACGGGCUCGAUUCCUAGAGGCUGUUCAAGAGGAAUUGAAGCACCCCGACGGUCGUACAGAGAGAGAAAUCAAGGCCGAGGUCGCUCACCGUCUCAGGCAGGAGAAGGUUGCUGAGCAGAAGGCUGUGAAGAAGAUGAGGUGGAAGAACCGUAUCGGCGAGGUCAAUAUGAUUCGCAAGGCCAGGAAGCAGGCUCAGAAGGAGGAGAGGCAGAGGCGCAGACUCACUGAGCUUUCCCUUGAAGACAGCGAUCCCAACCAGGUUAUCCCAAAGAGCUUGUAA